AUGGGUCGUUACAAGGGAUAUCGCCCGAUUGCAGCCAAGGCCAAGAAAAUCCGUGAAUACUGGGCUUUAAAAAAUCGACCUCGUGACUCCCAGCGUUAUGAGGUGGACUACGAGAAGAUGACCCGGGCCUUCACAGGCAAGCGCCUCCCUGUGCUGGCCUGGGAGGAUGUGAGGAAUGAGAACCGGCUUUUUAUGCUGCUCUCCCGCUUGCACCUCUUUGGUAUCGGCAGGAUGGUCACACGCAAAUCCUGGAUAUGGGAAUACGAUGAGCCUUGUUAUUGGGUCAUUACUAAAGUAAAACUGGAUUAUACAGCUGAGAAAAUGGAACAUGGAAAAGCCUGGGGAUAUUUGACAUUUAGAGGCAAGCCCGAAAACGAAGAGAAAGAAAUAGACAAAGUAAUGUACCACGACUGGCGCAUGGUACCCAAACACGAGGAGGAAGCCUUUAAGAAAUUUACCCCUCCCGUGGAAGAAGAAAAAGUCCGGUAUGUCCUCUAUCCACCGCUGCUACGGGCCAUGAUCCUUGCGCAGAGGCAGAAAGAAGGUAAAUCAACCAAAGAAGAACCAUUGCUUGAUUUAGAGCCAGCUGUUCAGCUCCUAAACGCGUCCCCCGGAAACCAAGCUGAAGGGACCCCGGUCUGAAGACUUUAGGACUUCGAAAUGGCUCUUGGUUUGUUACAUUCUCAGGUGUGAUCACACGGCCCAACUUUCUUAUUCUGCCUUGCACUGAGAUGUUUCUGGGAAAUACGAUCCUGUCACUGAGGCUGGGGAAAAAAAACAACCCCACCAGCAAUAAGUAAAAUUAGAAGAUAAUUUUGCUAUUGGAAUCUUCCAUUGACAUUUCCCCAAUUAUCCUGUUUUGUUUUUUAGAUUUGUUUUUAUUUCCCAUUUCUGUGUUUCUUGUUGCUACCUGAUCAGGUCCGAGGAGAGCACGGGGCAUCAAUCCAUUUGUUUUAAUAAUGAGGCAAUAUAAAUUAAAGAGACUCCUAAUUAAAAUAAUGGAUUGGAACAGAGAUCAAUCUCUGUCCUAGCACGGCAUCAUCUUCCUCCCCUGAAUCCAGUCACAACCUUAAAAUGUGCUGUCGUGUUACUGUAUGCCAUUU